GGAAGCAGUCAGUGGUGCAGUGUAGCUAAUUACUGUUUGUGAUAGUCAAUAUAGUCGUAAAAACGAUACUUUGUACGACAGAAAAUAAGUAUAAGACUUUCUCCCCAGGGCCUGAGCCUGAGUCUGGCGCCCGUGGAUGGAAGUGGAGAGUACCGGGGAGAUGGGUCCUGAAAGAAUCUUACCGAACUCGGAGGAAGAGCUGGGCCAGGAGCGGCUGUCCGAUGGCGGGGUGGCCGAAGUCGGCGGAGAGUGGAGCGGCGAGGAUGCCGAGGAAGACGAGGGAGGAAUGGGGGACGAUGAGGAUGGCGGAGGCGGUGGUUACUAUUACCAGCCACUGAACCAGGAUCCUGACGGCACGUCAAACCCCUAUCAGCCAGACCACUCUGAAGAGAUAGGGUCACACGCCGAACAGCUUCAGGACGUUCAGGAAAGAAUAGAGGCCAUGGGGCUCUACCUGCCCCAGCCCCCGCCCCCGGACAGUGAUGAGGAGGAUGACCCUGAGGGCGCUGCCGCCAGGCACAGCCGUGGCUCCAUUCCCAUGGACGCAGAUCACGUGGAGCUCGUGAAGAGGACCAUGGCUGCGGUGAACCUGCCGACCCUGGGCAUUCCUGCCUGGGCCCGGGAGAUCUCUGACGACCAGUGGAAGGACAUGGUCCAGCAGACCCUACAGUCCCGACAGAGCUCCACUGGGCUAAGGCUGCAGCGCAAAUGAGGAAGCUCAUGUGAAGGACAUUGGGAAGGAAUGUUAACCACACCUGCAUCAGGAAUCCCAAGCAUAUCUGCUCCUCAUGCAUUCCAAUGACACAUACAUUCAUAUAU